UACCGUGUCCGUGCACUCAAUGCACGCCGUCAGUCAAUGCACGCGAUCGCGAUUCCGUCCCAACUUUGCACCCUCCACAACUCAACGCCACAAUGACUAUGGAAGAAGCCCUUGCAGAGCUAGAUUCUCUUGACUCCAGCGAAGAAGUCUCACUAAGGUGUCAGCAGGUCGCGUGUAGAGGCAGGUUUAGCACGUCGCAAUCUUCAACCAGAACAGGAGCCAGAGCUUGUGAAGCACAUAGAAGGCCUGACAGAGCGAAAGCUACCUCCUAUAAGAGACAUGGUGCAGAAUUAUGCGUCUAAUAUAGCUAGACACCCUGUCUCUAAGAGCUAGGUCACACGCUUCCUCUACUAAC